AUGACAAACACGGCAGAUUCUGAUCCUGAUCUUGGCUUCUCUUCUUCUCCCAACUUCAUCCUCACCAAUUUCCCUUCUUCUGCUUCAAAUCCCUCUCCCGGUUACCAUCAAAAUCCCCGCAAGAAACGCUCCAGGUUCCUCAAGGUUGACUCUGGAACAUCCUCAGUCGAUUCCAGACCCGUUUCCAGGCCUAAAUAUAGUAAGAAACCGGACCCUGGUGCACCAAAGAUUACGCGACCUUGCAGUGAAUGCGGCAAGAAGUUUUGGUCCUGGAAAGCGCUUUUUGGCCACAUGAGAUGCCAUCCUGAGCGUCAAUGGCGCGGCAUCAAUCCACCCCCAAAUUACCGCAGACCCAUUUCGCCAGUGAAGCAGGUGGCUGAAGAUUUUGGCACCUUGGUGACCAUGACAGAGGAGGAUCAGGAGAUUGCUGCUUGUUUACUUAUGUUGUCAAAUGGUGGUGCUGAUGUUGCGGGUGAGAUGGAAUGUGGCACAAGUUACCCACAUGGUGUUGAGGAAAAUGACGCACUGGGUGCCAACUCAAGCCAUGUGAGUUGCCGUUUUGAGUGCUCCAGUUGCAAGAAGGUGUUCGGGUCGCACCAGGCCUUGGGUGGUCACAGGGCGAGUCACAAGAACGUGAAAGGUUGUUUCGCCAUCACCAGGAGCGGUGAUUGCAGCGAGGUUGAAGAUGGUACUUGUGGAGAUAUUGGUGAUGGAGUAAUGAACGAAAACAAUAAUGGAGAAGAUAACAGCAAAAUGAUGAUGGUUUUGGGACACCAUAAGUGCAGCAUUUGCUUGAGGGUGUUCUCAAGUGGUCAAGCUCUUGGUGGGCAUAUGAGGUGCCAUUGGGAGAGAGGCGAUGAGCCAUUGUUGAACCAUGGGCUUAACCCUUUUGCCUCAAAGGAGAUCAGUUAUGGCGGUCUGGACUUGAAUUUACCUGCUCCAGUGGAAGCUGAUUCUUCAUCGUCUCCCUCCUCGAGCUUCUUUCUUGAUUUAAGAUUAGGUCUCUAG